AUGGCGAUCUUGACGUUCUCACUCUCGCCCGAGGCAACUAGCAAGAUAUACGAGUCGCUGAUCUGCCUGGCAAAGUUCGGUGAAUCGGUGUCAUUAGAAGCUCGGAGCGACAAGCUCACGAUCGCCGCCCUCAACCUUUCGAGAACGGCAUACGCUGCAUUUGCGCUAGACAAGAAGACCUUCUUCCUUGAUUACCGUUUUGUCGCGACCUCGGCGAAGGGAGGCGAUAAGUUCACAUGCCAGCUUUUGAACAAGGCUCUACAGUCUGUGUUCAAAGGACGAGCAACCGAUAGUCGAGGACGAGAGACUUCCGUUGAGCGCUGCGAUGUGAGCAUCCAGGACCAACCCGACAAGACAGAAUGCCGUAUCAUCGUCAAGAUGCUAUGCAAGCAAGGCGUGACGAAAACAUACAAACUCGCCUAUGAAUCGGUGGAGGUGAUGCAUGCACUGUUUGACCGAACAGCUGCUACACAGGGAUGGAAAAUAUCGGCCAGAGUGCUGCGAGAGUAUAUCGAGUACUUUGGCCCAAAGACUGAACAGCUGGACCUCCUGGCGCAAGAUGGCAAGGCAAUCUUCACAAGCUUCACCGAGAAGAUCCAGAACGGUAAAGAGGUACUCAAACAACCCCUCGAGACAGCCAUCGCUAUCCACACCGAGGACUUCGAAGACUUCCAUGUGCAAGAGAAAAUGCACAUCACCAUCAGCGUGAAAGAUUUCAAAGCAAUCGUCACCCACGCCGAGACGAUGCGAGGCUCGAUCAGCGCUCGCUUCUCCUUCCCAACCCGGCCAUUGCAAUUUAGCUAUCAGAAUUCUGGGAUGCACUGUGAGUUUACACUGGCUACGACUGGUGAUUAUCGCGCGUCAUCCUCAGCUCCAAAUGCGCAAUUUGUUUCGAAUCGAAGUCGCUCGCGGCAAGCGUCAGCAGCACCGACUCAGUCUCCCAGCCGAUCGGCGUCCGAAAUGCCACCGCCUGCGCGUCCGAUCGCGGCCAAGACCUUCGGCAGCCAGAGCCAGCAGACUUCGAUCAAUGCUCGAAGUCGGCAGGAGCAGCCAUCCGCCGAUGACAGGGGCUCGAAGACACUCUUUGUCUCUCAGGAUAACGAAGACACCACUUGGGAUCCGCCAAACUUCGAGCAAGACGAAGAUGAAGAGAUGCUGGGAUGGGAUGCAAGCAACGAGCAUCCAAGUGCCAGUUUUCAUGCGACCAUUCGUGACAGUGGGACCGCGGUUCCGUCGCAACGACAGCAGGCUUCGUACGCGGAUUUCGACAGUCAGGGUCUGGAGCCGACUCAAAGACUGUCCCAGUUGCACGGCAUGUUCGAUUGA